UCCGCGAACAAAAAUCCAUUCUAGACUAGAUCACUAGAUCACAAGAUCUACAUUCUAAGUCUAGUCUAACGGCCCCGCGUUAGUUUAAUGAGAUUAGACUCUAAUUAGAGUUAAGAGUUCCGGUGACAUCUGGCGAAUGGUCAUUCGACCCCCAAAGGGGUCACGAUCCACAGGUUGAGAAUCCCUGCUCUAGACACUAAGGCAGCCAUUUCAAACAGGAUCUUAUCGUAAUUCAGUUUCCUGAAGAAGGAGAAUGGCUAAGAACAGACCAAGUAGAAAGCUGGAAGGUGUUGAGACCAGAGUGCGUGUGAUGGCAGAACAAACUGUUGUGACCCAUACAUUAAGUGAAACUUUAACAGCUCGACAAUUAAAGCGGAUGCUUCCUCUUAAUGACAUGAAAAGCUUAGAGGUCAUUGCUGUAUAUCAUGAUUCUCGUUUUGAAUCCAUAAAUGAUGAGGACGAAAUCGGUGACAGGAUUGUCACUUGCAAAGAACUCUUAAUACUUCCAAAAGGUGAAAUGAAAUCGGUAGACUUUUCCUAUAAUGAGUCAUUCGAGACAUCUAAGAAUGAACCAUACACGUGGUUCUACAAUUUACCAAAAGAGCAGAGAGAGCGUCCAGUCAUCUCUGAGGAUGUAGCUUUUCUUGGUUACUGCCUCGGGAACCAUUGGAGGAAUAUUAUUCUAAGUAUUGGUCUCGGCUUUGGUGAAAUUGAAAUUGCAGAAGCUGACUACAAGAGUGCUAAUGGGGAUGCAGUUCAUGUUCCCACUCAGCUUUUGAUGAAGUGGAUACAGCGUAACGGAAGUAAAGCAACAUUUGCAACAUUGAUAGAUAAAUUUAAAUUUUUCGAAAAGGUCAACCCUGGUUUCAUCAAUUGGGAUGAUAUCAAAACAAUAUUUACAAGAAAUCAGAAAGAAGAAAUGUCAAGGACUAGUAACGACUAGCAGGAUAUUAACUUUCUUAUGCUCUGUCUGGUAACUUGACUCUGUCUGUGAUAGUUCGUCUAUAAAAAGACUGCCAUAUAAUUUUAAAGGCUGUUUCUAUUUCAUCAAGCUAUUGAAAGAAUUUUUCAAAAAGAAAAGGGCACAUCAGCCGAAUGUUUUUAUGUAUUAUAUUGUGACCUAAAUGAUGGCAUUGAAGCGGAGUCUGUUACUGAAAUGUUUCUUCUUGUUGUACAUAUGACAUUAUAUUUUUAUAUAAAGAAUAAUGAAAUGGUCUAAAUAGAAAUAUAUUCUGUACAAGUUGUAUUAAAAAAUUAAAACAUAUUUUCUUCUUUAUAAGGAUUUAUGAUCUUAUGUCCUCCUCCCCCCCCCUCCCCACCAUCCUCCCAUAUUAAAUAUAUUCAUGUUUACCGUAUUUAACUGUGUAGUUUAUUUCUACAUAAUGAGAUUGAUGUGGUUUCUAUCAACACUGCUUAUUAAAAAUGUAAUCACAGUAUAUUCUGCUUGUUUAUUUUUAGCAAAUAAUUAGAGAAAGGUUCUGUGGCAUUUUAAUUAUGUCCAUUAAGGAACGAUCUAUUCUUUUUGCAACAAAGAAGGCCUAUCCUUGAUAUGGAGUGACCUUUCCAUUGCUGUUGUUAAGGCCUAGGUGGUAGUAUUCUCUAUAGACUUAGCAUUAAUAUAAAAUACAUUUUGUGGAAGAAGUAGUCUUGUAUGUAGGUGUAAAUUAUUUAAAACAUAAAAGAAAUAACUUGUAUAAAUGUAUGUACGAAUUAAAUACUUGUGUACAUUCA